UCUUCUUUUUCUAUGGUUACGAAGGAGCCAGCAAAGCAUCAAAAUGGAGUACAUGGGAAGUUCGUACGAUGGCGAUUACAAAAAUGGAAGAAUGGAGGGUAAAGGUGUCUACACCUUUCCCACGGAAACCCGUUAUGAAGGUGACAUGUACGAUGGAAUGUUCCAUGGGCGAGGAACUCUAUAUUUUCCCAAUAAAAGUCAAUUUGAGGCCGAGUGGGACAAAGGCUAUGUUGUAAAGGGUAAAUACAAGUUUGCUGAUGGACUAGAAUAUGAUGAAGAUAACUGGGAGUAUUGUGAUGGCUAUGAUAGGAGAUUCUACACAGAAAUAUGUAAAGGCUUGAAGCCAGCAGGAAGAUCUCAGCUCACAAAUGUAGACCCACCUCGAACCAUUCCAGAAUUUCAUUAUGACUGUGGAGACGGUUACUACAAUCCAAAAACUCGAGUCAUUGUUGAUUACAACUUCAAGUUCCUCCGAAAUGCAGAUGAUGAUGAGCAUGCCUGGAUCAUAAAAACCUGCAGAAAAGGUUGGGACGAGUUUGUUGGCUACAAGGGAAUUCUUUGUAUGGUCACAUCCGACAAAGACGUCACUCCAGGAAACAGUCAAACCAUGGCAUCAGAGAGUCAGAUAUUGUCAUAGUUAGUGUUGUAAACAACUACACAACUUACACAUUGAUGGGUUAUGGUGGCAAAAGGCACUAUAUGGCAUGGUGUUAGCUGUCUGGUUUGAAAAUUGUUCCUAUUGGUUGAAACCAAUGUGUUACUUGGUUUUGUUGCAUAACCUGCUUCCUAUACUCCUAAGACUACCCAAAAAUACAAUUCCAAGGACAUGGUCAUGUGUAGGCGAACUACCUUUAAUUGUUUGUCUAAGGGCUGGUGUGUAAUGAUUAGUUGCCACUGAUGCACCCAGUGCAAGAUUUGUUUUGAAAUUUUAUAGUGAAAAGUGAUAAACAGCCGGCUCGGUAAAUGCUUUAUGGGGUAGGUCGGUUCUGUUUUUAAAAUAUGUAAUGGGGUUAUCCCAAACACUAUGCUUAUUUGUGUUGUAAAAUUGACGAGUUUUUUCUAAUGUGAAUAAAGCCUUCCCCACAUGUAGGUUUGGAAAUAUGUUUGGUUUUGGCUUGGACCAAUACAAUAUUAAAUGAAAACUGAGGGGAUCUUGGCAAAUCUCAGUGGUCUUAUUUUCAUGUUACAUUAAUAUUUAAUAAUUUUGCUACUCUAGAAGUCUAUCCUUUCUGGCACCUUUAGCAUACUUUAAAAAAUAAAUAAAAUUCUUUAAUGUGAUGUGGGGACCAAUUUACAGAUAAGUGACUAAUUAGGAACCUGUUUCUGUAAUCAUGCUUCACUUUUGGCUAGCAAUCGUAAAAGUCAUUUCCCUUCUGUGGGAAAGUGAAUUAAAAGGUGCCUUGCUGCCGCUAUUUGGUAGCAGUAGUGUGUGACAGUAGGGGUGGAUUUGGGAUUUUGUAUGAAAAAUAAGAACCUCAGAGAUGUGUUUUAGAGCCUUUUAAAAUAUAACAAAAUCACAAGUUAAAUAACAGACAAAAUAUUGUCAGUUUAUUACUGAAAUGAUUGUAUGUUUCAUUUUAUCGUGUCAGUACUCAUUAAUGAUGUUCAUGUGCAUGUGAUUUAUUAAGAAUGAUUUUACUUUGACAUGUAGUAGUUGAAAUCAAUCAUCCUGGUUCAUUUGGGGUGUUUGGUUUUUUGGUCAUUCCAUUCAUCAGGGUUUUUUUGGGGGUUUAUUUUUUUUUUUUUGGGGGGGGGGGGGUUCCAUUAACUCCAUGCUUAUGUUUUGGCUAUUUUAUUAUUAUUUUAUUUUAACUAUACCCCAAUUUAAUUGACAGCAUCAUGGUUUCUGUAGCCUUGAAAUUCAACUACUGGUCUGAAUAUAUUGAUUGUGUAAGAUAAAUUAUCUUUCAAAUGGCACAUUUGUACAACUAUGUUUUUAAUAUUUUUUAACAAUUGUUUACCUCUGAUGACUUUUAUACAUAGACUUUAUGUAAAUAUAUCACAGUACUAGUAACAAAUUUGUUAUAUGUAAAUAAAUAAUGCAAUAGCAAAUUUAUAUUGCUUAUUGAAAUAUUAUUUUUAUUUAAAAACAAAUGAGGUCUAUUUGAUUUCUCUAACAACUUACAUGAUAAUGAAUAUACUGUUGUUGUUGUUUUACCCUGUUUUCCACCAGUAGUUAUACUUAUCAACUUUAUAAUUAUAAAAACAUCAUGCAGUAGCAAAAUUAUACUAAAAUCAUCAUUUCACUGUUAGUGUUACAAUAGAAAUGGUUAUGCUGUAAUGUAUAAACUACAUGCAGUCAAUCCUUAUUAAGUGACCCAUUUUAACCAGCCAUCUGCCGUAAAGAGACCAGUUUCAAUACUCCCUUAAGUGGCCACUUAAUAUUGGUUUGCCUUCAUGUGUAUAAAUUAUGUCGAAUGUGUAAUCAUGUGUGUUUGUGUGUUUUAAUUAGUUUCUUGUGUAAUGGAUAUGAAUAUUAAGUUAAGGGCUGUUUACAAUUAUCAAUGAACAUACAAACCAAUCAUGGCUGUUUGGUAACCUUUCUGCUUUUAAAAACAUACAUGAAAAAUGUUGAUUUUAAAAGUACCGGUAAUAUCUUUAUUAUGUUGGUUUUUUUGUAAGCAUACACUGGAAAUUGUGGCAUUAAGAACCACCACACACAUAUCCAGCAUACUGUUUGUAUAUUUAUAAAACUAUUGAUAAUUGUGCACUCUCUCUUACUAUUGUACUUGGUAGCAGAUUAUAUGUUACAAAAGAAACUACCAAGUUAUUUUAUAUUGACAUAUAUGUUCUCAAAUGUUCUUGGAAAUAUUUAUAUCUGCUUUUAUUAUAUUUAUUACUGUAAAUCAGUGAGCCAUGUUUUGAGAAUGAUUAAAAUGAAAACAUCA